AUGGGUGCUGCUUAUACUAUUGCUGGUAAAACUUUUCAACCACAUCAAUUAGCUUUAGCUACUUUAGGUACUGUUGUUUUAUAUAUAAUUCCAAAACCUUGGAAUCCAAAACCUCAACAUCCGUCAAUAAAUGCUUCUUCACCAGAAGAAGAAAAGUUUGUUAAAGAAUGGUUAGCUAAACAUCAACCAAAAGAAGAAAAACAUUAA